AUGUCACCACCACUUCCAGUGCAUCGUCGUCUUGGCUCGGCUCCAUCGGGUCGAGUUACAGCCGGAAAACCCGUGAAAAUCGACAGCCUGGGCGCGCUGAGCUGCCCCGCUCGCUCUUCGUUGAUAUUGCUAAUGCUUACUCAGCCGCUCAAAGUCCGAUGCUCGAAUUCUGCUGCCGCCGCCGCCGCUGCUGAGUUGGACACGAGAACCGACUCGCCACCUCUAACUCCACUUCUUCUGCGCACACCACCAAACUAUCCCAACCACUCUCUCAUUCGCAAGAUGACGGGUGUUACAAGGACAAGCGUUUCGCUGCUGCGUGCAGCCUCUACGACCUCAGCUGUUGCAUCUGGCAGCCGGGCCGCUGUCGCUGUGGCCCGCAGAAGCGUCGUUCCGCUCGCACGAUCCAUGAUGACGGCGUCAACGUCUGCACUGCGUGCUUCUGCGCUGACACGUGCAUCACCCGUUCUCUCGAUGCAGAGGCGAACGAUGUUCAUUCAGACCGAGUCGACACCCAACGAGGACUCGCUCAAGUUCCUGCCCGGUCGACAGGUGAUGGAGUCGGGCACGCACGAGUUCCUCGAUACACGUGCUUCCAUGGCCUCGCCACUCGCCAAGAAGCUGUUCAACAUCCCCGGCAUCGUCGGCGUCUUCUACGGUCCCGACUUUGUCACGGUCAGCAAGGAUGCAGAGCACCAGUGGUCGACACUCAAGCCCGAGAUCUACUCGAGCAUCAUGGAGUUCUUCACCGCCGGUCACCCGCUCUUCACCGACCCCGAGUCGUCGCAUGGCUCGAGCGACACCGUGAUCCUCGAGACAGACUCGGAGGUCGUGGCCAUGAUCAAGGAGCUUCUUGACACGCGUGUGCGUCCGGCGAUCCAGGAGGACGGAGGCGACCUCGAGUACCGCGGAUUCGGAGAAGACACGGACGGAAUCGUCAAGGUCAAGCUCAAAGGAUCUUGCCGUGGUUGCGACUCGUCCACCGUCACUCUCAAGUCCGGCAUCGAACGUAUGCUCAAGCACUACAUCCCUGAGGUCAAUGGCGUCGAACAGGUGCUCGACCCAGAGGAGGAAAUCGCACUCGACGAGUUUGCCAAGCUCGAACAGAAACUGGAAAAGGACCGCAAGAAGGAGCGCGACAUGGGAUUCUCGCUCUGA